CCCGCCAAAAGCGCGGGCUGGCCCCGGGGCCGAGGUUCCGCUGGCCGGGCUCGGACGCCGGGGGAGGGGGGGAGUGGAAAGAGCGAACGCUUCACUCCAGCGCCCAGAGGGGCUCUCCUCUUUCACCGGGACCGCUCCUCGGUCCUGCAGGCGCCCAGAGAUCUUCGCGUGGAGUCCGGCUGCCCCGCGUUUCCCGGGUCUUUCGGUCCCUCUUGCCCGGAGUUCCCCCCACUUCCGGUGGAGGGGUAAGAGGCCACCCCUCCCUCCCCCCAGGAGCGCGCGCUGGGCACAGGUGUCCCAACUGUCUUCACAGAGACAACUCCAUAACUAUAUAAUGUGACAGCAAGGUGAAGAGAGUACAUCAGGUAAACAGAAGAUUGGGAAUAGAGAAAACAAGAUGAGUGUUCCUGCAAGUAGUUGCGGUAGCCCCAGUUCUGCAGAAACAGUCAGUGAUUUCAAAGAUCUCUGGGCAAAACUGAAGGAGUGUCAUGACAAAGAAGUACAAGCCUUACAGAUCAAAGUAACCAAGCUGAAAAAGGAGCGAAUUUUAGAUGCACAGAGAUUGGAAGAAUUUUUUACCAAAAAUCAGCAACUCAGAGAGCAACAGAAAGCCCUUCAUGACACCAUUAAAGUUUUGGAAGAUCGGUUAAGAGCAGGGUUAUGUGACCGUUGUGCAGUGACUGAAGAACACAUGAGGAAAAAACAACAGGAGUUUGAAAAUAUUCGGCAACAAAAUCUUAAACUUAUCACCGAACUUAUGAAUGAUAAGAAUGCCUUACAAGAAGAAAACAAAAAACUUUCAGAGCAACUACAUCAGAAAAUUGAGAAGAAACAGCAUAAAGCAGCAGAGCCUGAGGAGGAAGUUAUCCCUGAUUCACCUAUAUUGACUUUCUCAUUUCCUGGACUUAACCGACUGCGAAGAAAGAAGGAGAACCUACAUGUCCGAUAUAUAGAGCAAACUCAUAGUGAUUUGGAGCACCCUUUGUGUACAAAUGAAUUAGCAAAAGGUCUAAAAUCUUCAACUCACCUGCAGCAAAACCACUAUGAAAGUGAGAUUCUUGUAGCAGACACGUGUGAUCAAACAUUAUCACCUAUGACCAAUAUCCAGGAUACCAACAGUUAUCCCAUCGAGAAAUCAUCUUUUAACUUAGCUGCAGUUGUUGCUGAAACACUUGGACUUGGUGUUCAAGAAGAAUCUGACUCUCAAAGUGCUUUGAAUCCUCUCAAUGAAGAGCUGCAUCAUCAAGAGGAAGCAGAGCCAAAGAAACAACCUUUUCAGGAAUUCACAGAAAAUAAUGAAGACGGUUUGAGAUUUUCAAAUUCCUCUCCAAAGACUCCACCAGAAGUUGACUGGGCUGCUCGGGCAUCUUCUCCUGUUUUUGGGGCUGCUUCUAAUGUGAAAAAUGGCUUAGGCUUGAAUACAAGCUCAUCCCCUUCUCUUUUAGAGGCUGGGAAAAAAUCCCAUCUAAAAACAAAUUCCCUCAGCAAUACUUCUCAUUCUAGACCACAGAAACCUAGAUCAAAAUCUGAAGACACCAGCCAUAUUACAUGCCUUAAUCUUGGUUCUCAAGAAAGCACUGUUAUUGAUCAUUCUUCUUCCAUUAAGCAAAUGCUUGUAAGAAAGAGUACAAAUGAAUCAAUAAGUACACAAGUUGAGACUGAUAAUCCAAAAGAUGAAGCUACUGAAAAAAAUGAUCUUUUUGUGCCAUUGAAACCACUGGGAGGCAGAGGAGCCAAAAGGAAGAAGACUGAAGAAAGUGAACAUUGCUUCCAGACCUCUUUUGAUAAAGAAAAUGCUUUUCCUUUCCGAGGAGAUAGUCAUCCUUCCAUCAAUGGAGACUCUGUAAUGGAUAAGCCCCUGGAUCUAUCCGAUCGAUUUUCUGCUAUCCACCGUCAAGAAAAAAGCCAAGGAAACGAGGUUACUGGUGGUUAUGAGCCAAUAAAAAUGAAAGGCAGGAUGGGACAUGGAGAUUGUGAACUUGCUUCAGUUCUUCAGUUAAAUCCUUGUAGAGUAACUAAAGCACAGGCUUUACGAGAUAAUCAAGAUAAAUCAUCCUUAGAAAAUAUCCAGUGGAGUAUAGAUCCAGCAGCAGAUCUUUCUCAAUAUAAAAUGGAUAUUACUGUAAUAGAUACAAAGGAUGGUAGUCAAUCAAGAUUAGGAGGCGAGACUGUGGACAUGGACUGUACAUUGAUUAGUGAAACUGUGCUUUUAAAAAUCAAGAAGCAAGAGCAGAAGGGAGAGAAAAGUCCAAAGCGAGAAAGAAGAGUGAAUGAUAGCUUAUCAGAACUGUUUGAUCAAACAACACGUGAAGAAUACGAAUCCUAUUUGGCAGAUGGUUCUCCACUGUGUGAGCCAGAAGAAAAUCACCAAGUAGAAGAUGAAGAAUUAUCAGUUGCUGCAAAGAAACUAAACAGUCAUGAAGAUAUACCUGACAAAGUCAAACAAAAAGCAUUUGUGGAGCCUUAUUUUAAGGAUGAUGAAAGAAAAACCAUAUUGCAAAAUUUCCCUCACAUUGAGGUGGUACGGAAAAAAGAAGAGAGGAGAAAAUUGCUUGGACACACAUGUAAAGAAUGUGAAAUUUAUUAUGCAGAUAUUCCAGAAGAAGAAAGAGAAAAGAAACUAGCCUCCUGUUCAAGACAUCGUUUCCGCUAUAUUCCUCCUAACACACCUGAAAAUUUCUGGGAAGUUGGGUUUCCUUCAACUCAAACUUGUGUGGACAGAGGGUACAUUAAGGAAGAUCUUGAUCCUUGUCCGCGGCCCAAAAGGCGGCAGCCUUACAAUGCAAUGUUUUCUCCGAAAGGCAAAGAACAAAAGACAUAGAUAUUGAAGAACUUGCAAAAGGUGCCAGAACAAAAUUCCUCGUUUAUUUAUAGUUAAAGUUGGAAUUUAAAACUGAUUUCUUCCCCUCUCAAAUCUGCUAUAACCUGAUUUAUAUAUCAUUUAAAUACAAUAUAUCAGGAAAUAUUUAAAAUAAUUUUGAGUACAUUUAUUGUGCUUAUGCAUUUUUCUUAAUUUUGCACCUUUGAAACAAUGAGGUGCUUCCAUUUUGCACUGUGUAACUUAAAGGGGUAGAUUUUAUCCUUUGUUUUUUGUAAUACCUAAAUUU